GUGUACCGUGAUCUUAAACCUGAAAAUCUGCUACUCUCUAAAACGGGCCAUGUCAAGAUAGCUGACUUUGGACUUGCCAAACUUCUCAGGGGAAAGACAUAUACUAUAUGUGGAACUGCUGAAUACAUUGCACCUGAAGUGAUAAUGAAGAAAGGUUACGGCAUCGCUGUAGAUUGGUGGUCCUUAGGCGUUUUGAUUUUCGAACUUCUCCACGGUCAGCCGCCAUUCUAUGGAGAUAGCACGGAUGAGGUAUUUGAAGCCAUACGGCAAGGCGACAUCUCAUUUCCCGACGACUUGGAUGUUUCCGCU